UUCAGUUUAAAUUCCUGCUGCAAGGCGGAGGGGGAGGUCUCCCAUAGGUGCCAGAAGAUCAACAGGGAGAAUGGGCCUGCCUGACCUCAACUAGUGCAUCUGAGCCAUUGGGGGGGGGGCUGGGGGUGGCAGUGGCCCCUAACGACCAGCUCAUUGGCAGCGAUGGAUGCUGCUGCCAGCUGGCUCUCCUUGUUCCCGUAAACGAAAGGCGCUGCAGCCAUCAUGGUGGCAAAAGGGCGUGUGAAGUAGACCCAAGAAACACGCUUUCCCCCGCUGGCAGAACCUGUCCAGUUAUGGAGCUGCCGCCGAAGGCUUGGCUGACCAAAAGACAAGCCACUGAGAAGCAGCAGCACUCAGGGCGUCCUUCAAUGUGUUUGCACGGUUGAGGGAGACCACGCAGAGACUCCUGGGCUCCUGGCGCCAGCUUGCAUUCCGGUUUGGAAAACAGCCUUUUGCAGGAAACGAGCAAUCGGCUCAGAGAUGAGCAGCUGCCGCACCAGGAGCCUGUGCAGAUUUGCCAUAGGGAGCGAGUGGCCCCGUAACAGAGGCAGCGUCCGCCCAGCACAAGGCCAGGAAGGGGCUUCCCGCGUCCUGGGAUGGGCUCGGCGAGCGGGAUCUCUGUGGGGAGAAAUGUUUGGCAGGAGGAUGCUUCAGUACUCCAUUCUCUUGCUGUGGAUGCAACUGGAUUGGGGCCUCUCGCUCAGUCCCAGCGACCCCAACGUGUGCAGCUACUGGGAAAGCUUCACAACCCCCUCCAAGGAGUCCUAUGUGCAGCCGUACUCCCAGGCCUUCGAGGAGCCUUGCGACGGAGCGUGGCCCUUCGCCAAGACCUGCACUCGCCACAAGGUUCUCUACAAGGCAGCCUAUCGGCAAGGCGUGAAGAUCGACUACAGGAGGCGCCAUCACUGCUGCAAUGGCUACUACGAGAGCGAGGAGCGCUGCGUCCCUAGCUGCACCCAGGAGUGCGUCCACGGGAGAUGUGUGGCCCCGAACCAAUGCCAGUGUGCUGAUGGCUGGAAGGGCCCCGACUGCUCCAGCGGGUGCAACCGCCUGUCCUGGGGGCCAGACUGCCAGCAGCCCUGCGGGUGCCUGAACGGAGGCAGCUGCCACCCCCUGUCUGGGGCCUGCCUUUGCCCGCCGGGCUACAAGGGCCCCUCCUGCGAGGAGCUCUGCCCCCCGGGUACCUACGGCCAGGACUGCCAGAUGGGCUGCCGCUGCGAGAAUGGUGCCCAGUGCGACACGGAGACAGGGGCCUGCCUGUGCGCCCCGGGAUUCAGCGGCCCACACUGCGAGCAGUCCUGCCAAAACGACACCAGUGGCUUCCAGUGCCCGGCCCUGUGCCCUUGCCAGAACGAGGGCAUCUGCCACCCCCCUGAGACCAGCAAGUGUGCCUGCCCUCCAGGAUGGAUGGGCUCCAUCUGCUCCUUCCGCUGCCCCGAAGGGCGCUUUGGCUCCAGCUGCCAAGGGGAGUGCAGGUGCCACAACGGAGGCCUCUGCAACCAGGAGUCUGGGCAGUGCCAGUGUGCACCAGGCUACACGGGGGAGAGGUGCCGCGAGAAGUGCCCCAUCGGCCGCUACGGGCAGGACUGCGGGCAGGAGUGCGACUGCGCCAACGGCGGGCGCUGCUUCCACAUCAACGGAGCCUGCCUCUGUGAAGCCGGCUUCCUGGGCAGCCGCUGCGAGGAGCGAAAGUGCCUGCCAGGUCUCCACGGCCUCUCCUGCCACCUGCCCUGCCUCUGCCACCCGCACCACACACAGAGCUGCCACCCACUCUCGGGAGAAUGCACCUGCAAGCCGGGCUGGGCAGGACUCUUCUGCAACGAGACCUGCCCCCCUGGGCACCAUGGCUUUGGCUGCCAGGAGCCCUGUUUGUGCCUGAACGGAGGGACCUGCGAUGGCGAGACGGGGCUCUGCGCUUGCCCGCCAGGCUACAUGGGUGCCCACUGCUCCAGCCACUGCCCUCCUGAGACCUUUGGGGUCAACUGCUCCCUGCCUUGCACCUGCCACAGUGCCCUCGCCUGCUCUCCCAUUGACGGGACCUGUGUCUGCAAGGAAGGUUGGCAAGGCGCAGACUGCUCCCUCCCCUGCCCCACAGGCACCUGGGGCUCUGCUUGCAAUGAGACCUGCCGCUGCGCCAACGGAGCUUCCUGCAGCCCGGUCAGUGGGGCAUGCGCAUGCGUGGCAGGCUGGCAUGGCCGCCAGUGUGAGGAGCCCUGCCCGGAAGGCUUCUACGGCCUCAGCUGCAGCAGCAGGUGCUCCUGCCAGAACGCAGAACGCUGUGAUCCUGUUCUGGGGCAAUGCCACUGCCUACCUGGGUGGACAGGCCCCAAUUGCGGCCAGGAGUGCGCAGACGGCCUGUGGGGGCCCAACUGCAGCCAGCUAUGUCUCUGCAAGAACGGGGCCACCUGCUCCCCCAGGGAUGGGAGCUGUGACUGCCCCCCAGGCUUCCGGGGUGCCACCUGCCAGCGCCCCUGUCAGCCAGGGCGUUACGGCAAGAAAUGCUCUGUGCCCUGCAAGUGUGCCAACCACUCCAUCUGCCACCCAGUGGACGGUUUGUGUGAUUGCCCUCUUGGCUGGACAGGCAGUGACUGCUCCGAACGCUGCCCUGCAGGGUUCUUUGGGGCCAGCUGCACCCAGCGGUGCCAGUGUUGGUGGGAGGCCCCCUGCGAGCCAGACUCCGGGAGGUGCCUGUGCCCCUCUGACUACACUGGAGCCCACUGUGAGACCCGGACACUCAAUCCGCCCCCCCCGACCAUGGUUCCUGCCAUUCCUGCUGGCAACCCCUCCCUGGGGGCCGUGAUGGGCAUCGUCACCCUGGCUGUCCUGCUGGUGGGCAUGCUGGCGGCCUUCCUCUGCUACCGGCACUGGCAGAAGGACAAGGAGCAUCGCCACAUGGCUGUGGCCUACACCACAGCGAGGAUGGAUGCCUCAGAGUACGCCGUGCCAGACGUCCCUGCCAGCUGCACCCACUACUACUCCAACCCCAGCUACCACACCCUGUCGCCCUGCUGCCCCAGCCUCCCCUGCCCCAGCCCCCCUGAGCAGCCUGGCCCCAGCAAGCUGAUCAGCAGCACAAAGAGCCUAGAGCGAGACUGGCCGGGAGUGUGUGGGGCCGACUGCAACGCCACGCUGCCCGCCGACUGGAAGCACCACAGGGCCACUCCAGCGGAGCCAGGAGGCCCCCAGAUGGACCGCAGCUACAGCUACACUAACGGACUUGGAAGGUAUUACAGCAAAGGCUACGCUAAGGAAGAGACCUUGUACCGACGGAGUGACAGUUCCCUGAGCAGCGAGAACCCCUAUGCCACCAUCAAGGACCUGCCCGUCCUCACAGGGAAGCCCUCGGAGGGAAGCUACAUGGAGAUGAAGUCCCCUGUCAAGCGCGAGAUGUCCUACGCCGAGAUCGGCCUCUUUGAGGAGGCUGCCCAGAGCCUGGAGGAGGAGGAGGAGGAAAAGGAGGAGGCAGGAGGCAGCUGCUCGGCUGGCGCAGGAGGCAUCUCUUCACACGCAGCCUCCACCAUUCCCCCCAACCACUACGACUCCCCCAAGAACAGCCACAUCCCUGCCCACUACGACGUGCCCCCCGUCAGGCACUACCCGCCAUCGCCCCCCCUCCGCAGGCAGGACCGGUGAGGAGGGCCAGAGCCCCCUGCCCCCCCCUUCUCAGGGAAGGACUGAGUUCCAACUGGCUCAGCGGCAGCAGGACCUUCAUCCCUCCGGGCACCAGGCUUCUUCGCAGCUGCCAUGGGGGCAGGACGUGGCGGAUCUGGGCCCCAGCGCCACUAGAGGAACCACUUUGCCCAGUCUCCUGGGCUGGCAUUUUGACUAGCUGGGAUCAUUUCCCAAGGCAGCCACCAGCAGAGGCACAGCAUCAAGGGUGCUUGGCUCCUUUCCAGCGCUUCUUGGGUGGGGGCAGAUGUCUCUGUCUCUUCCCUGCCCCCAACUUCGACAGAGACUAGCCACUUCUUCAGUCCCAUGAAAGAAAGCAAAGUGGGGCAGGGGGAAAGCACCUUAUAGGCCAACAGGGGGUUGCACCAUGUACAGAGAUCACCUUCAUUAGAAUCAUAGAACUAUAGAGUUGGAAGGGACCCCAGGGGGUCAUCUAGUCCAACCCCCUGCAAUGCAAGAAUCUCAACUAGAGCAUCCCGGCCAGGUGGCCAUCCAACCUCUGCUUUAAAACCUCCAAGGACGGAAAGCCGCCACUUUCUGAGGGAGUCCGUUCCACUGUCAAACAGCUCUUGCCAUUAGAAAGUUCUUCAUCUCAGUGAACUCCUAUGUUCAAAGGAAUUGUCUCUCCCCCCCCCCCCCCGCAUUUUAUAGCAGCCCCCUUCUUGAGGCCUGCUGCGUGUUUGCACUGUCAUUCGCUCUGGAUUACAAGGUGCAACAAGGACGACCCUUUCUUUCAAGAAUCCCUUUCCCCAACCACAGCUUGCAAUCUGCCUUCCCAAAACUGUCUCCUGUAAGGUCCAAACAGGCAGUUUCAGUCUUGCAUAUUUUGCAACAUGAAAAGGCUUAACUGAGGAUGAGCCAGCAGAACUCAUAAGCCUGACUUCCUUGCAGGAGUCUGUAAAUCCAUGUACAAAGGGAUCACAUACUCUCUGUAAGUUUUGCACUGUCAGAAACUCUUGAAAAGUCUUCAAAGAUCAAUGCGCCAGGGAAACAGGGCACCUUUUCCAGUCAAAAGCCCACAUUCCUUUAUGAACCUUAGAGGCGCCACAUGAGCACCGUGGAGACGCCCAGAGCUGGAGCAGAUGCACUUAUAUCACACACGUGUUUUUGUGUGUGUCCGUGUGAGGGGAAAAUCUUCAUGGAGCCAGCAGCUGAUGCAGAGGAAUAACCCCUCUCACCGCAGCGACACUCUCUUAACACACACCGCUGCAGUUGGGCUAAUUAUAAAACCACCUGGUCCCAUUAGAAACUUAAUUCCUAUGGGAGGGAGGUUGGUUUCA